AUCUUGACAACAGACGAUCUUCGGAGUGCACCCUCAGCUGACAUAAGCUACAAACCAGGACCGCCGCAGCUGUCAGGCGUAUAUUUAUCCCCUCACCGGCCGGCGUUACUGCUUUUACUGCUCUUUUCACUUCGGGUAUAACUUAUUUGAAUUUGUUCGCUUGUUUUUCAUUAAUUCAUUUAUUUUUUGCGGGAUGUUAACAUGUUUUGAUUCACCGCGCAAGCGAUGAACGAAACGAAAGUAGAAGGGACCGGACCGACACCGGCGAAGAUUCUGUUGACUUCGGGCUGCCAAGCCCCUUUUGUCGGGCAGGUUGGAGGAUGGAGCUGAGGUUAAGCCGGGAUGGCAAGCCGUCCGUGUCCUGGUUCCUCCUCAGCCCAGCCCUUUUCUUCUCCCUUCUGGCCGUGCUAGUGAGCUGUCACGGUUCCUGCAAACACCGAGUCCCUUCUCCCAACGAGAUUGUCCACCAUGUUUACUUGAAGCCUGAGCGUUUGAUUAAGAGAAGCUCUCCAGAAGACCUUCAGCUGAAAAUAAAGAUCAUCUAUGACAGCAGUGUUGACCAACUUACUGCAGACAAAAGGAGACUUGUGAAGGAUAAGCUCUUUCCUCAGGCCAUCGCUUACCUGCAGAGGGCUUUCAGUGUCAGGCGCAGAGUGGGGCCUGUACUGCUCAGCAGACAAUGUGCAACCAACCAGUACAUGAGGAAGAGAGAUGACCCUCAUCGCUACUGCCAGGACGCCUGUGCAAACCUUACACGAUGUGGGCCCGUCAUUGUACCACAGCACCACCUGCAGCAAUGCAAGGUGUGCAGUGAGUCUGGGAAGUCAUGUGGCCCUACAGGGCCCCCAGAUGGGCCUGGAGUCGAAGGGUCCGAUUUUGUGCUGUACGUCAGCGGUGUCACCACAGAACGCUGUGGGCAGGAGAACAUAGUGGCCUAUGCUGCUUACUGCCAGUUGGAGGCGGAGCUGGAUAGACCUAUAGCAGGCUACGCCAACCUGUGCCCUGCUAUGAUCUCCUCUCAACCUCAGGAGUUUGAAGGGAUGCUGUCCACAGUCAAACAUGAAAUCAUCCACGCUCUGGGGUUUUCAGCCGGUCUGUUUGCUUUCUACCACGAUGAUGAGGGCAAACCUCUGACUCCUCGUUUUGCAAGCGGCCUGCCUGCCUUCAACGAGAGUCUGGGUCUGUACCAGUGGAGCGAUGCAGUUAUCAGAAGAGUCACCAGACUGUGGGACAUCAGAGGAGGCGUGAUGGUCCGACACCAAGUGCAUGUCCUUGUCACUCCUCGUGUUGUGGAGGAGGCGAGGAAACAUUUUAAUUGCCCCAUCCUGGAGGGGAUGGAGCUGGAGAACCAAGGAGGGACAGGAACCGAACUAAACCAUUGGGAAAAGAGACUCUUAGAGAAUGAGGCAAUGACGGGCUCCCACACUCAGAACCGAGUAUUUUCUCGGCUGACGCUGGCUAUCAUGGAGGACAGCGGAUGGUACCGCGCCAACUACAGCCUGGCUCAGAGGCUGGACUGGGGCCGUGGUCUCGGCUGCGACUUUGUCAUGAAGAGCUGCAAAUUCUGGAUGGACAAGCAGAGACAGAGAAGACACGCUGUAACUCCGUACUGUGACACAGUGCGAGCCUCUCCUCUGCAGCUCACCUGCAGACAGGAUCAGCUGGCUGUGGCUGUGUGCAACUUGCAAAAAUACCCACAAGAACUGCCACUUAAGUAUCAGUAUUUCGAGCGGAUCCCUGACGUGGCUGCUGAUCAGCUGUCGUUCUUUGGGGGUGCUGUGGAGAUCGCGGACUACUGUCCAUUUAGUCAGGAGUUCAGCUGGCACCUCAGUGGAGAAUACCAGAGAAACUCCUACUGCAGAGUGUCUGAGAACCAGCCAGACUGGUGGAGAAAUUAUGGAGCAGAGCAGUAUGGACCAGACUCUGUGUGUCUGUACCAGAAAUCAGCCUUUGUGAUGGAGCAGUGCACUCGGAAGAUGACGUACCCUGACUGGGGCUCCGGAUGCUACAAGGUGUCGUGCUCAGCUCAGGGCCUCAUGGUGUUCGUUCAGGAUCGUUCCUUCCUCUGUGUCCGUAAAGGUCAGCUGCUGAGCAUCAGCGUACGCGUUAACGAGUGGGUUUACAACGGUGUCCUCAUCUGCCCCGCCUGCACCGACUUCUGUGAUGACUGCCCCCUACCCUACCAUCUCCCACCCAUCAACACCUCCAGGAGCAACCCAAUUGAUCCAUGCUCCAGUUCUCCAGGUUUGGCCACCACUCUGUGGCUCCUGCUGCUCAACCUGUUUCCUCUAGUGGCUGGACUGCUGCUCUGCCACUGCAGCUGAUAAAACACACACACACACCAAACACACCAAGGUAGCUGAACAGUCCUCUAUACCAUAGUCACUUGAGAACUUGGACUGCAGAUGUUUUUCCUCUUUGUUUUACUCAUUACCUCCUCCUUCCUUCCCUUCCGCACUUGCGUUCCUUUCUUUGCCAUUCUCAGCCUGUUUUCUCCUUUUGUUCUGUGACUGCAUCCUCAUGCAUCUCUCAGCAUAGUCAGGUAUCCUUUUGCUGAAGGUCCAUUCAGUUGUCCCUCACCAGAUUUACAUGCACUUAAGUAAUCAGGUUAUAGCCAGCUUUCAUUUGAACAGGAUUUAUCUGACUGACACACACAGCCAAAACUCUGUCAGUUAUCAACAUGGAAAGCAGCUAAAUGGCAGCUAAUACUGUUAUUUGUGGGCGAAUUAUUGGCAAAAAGAGCAAGUUGGAUCGACAGGGACCAUUUUUAUGGCAGAGCAAUGGAACAUGAAAAAUAAGCAGUGUAAUUUGUCCUUUUCAGUGAGGCAGGGAUUACUCACAUUACAUAUACUCAGAAUGCACUAACACCACUUUUUUAUUAUCAAGACCAUGAUACAUAUAUGUACUUACAAUACACCUAUUAUUGUUGUUGUUGUUAAUAUUGCUGUUAUUAUUAUUAUUAUUAUUGUUAUUAUUGUUAUUAUUGUUAUUAUUAUUAUUAUUAUUAUUAUUAUUAUUAUUAUUAUUAUCAACAACAACAACCUCUUCAAAACAAAAGUCUAGCAUGAUAGAAAUAAGUUUUUGUAUGUAAAAAUAAUGAAUAAAAAGCCAAAUAUUUGCAAAUUUUAGCAUCUUGUAUUCAAAGAUCUGCUUAUUUCUCAUGUUGUCACACACAGGGUUUAGUGCAAAACGAGACAUUGAUCAGUAGGUUUCAUAUACUAAUCGAUUAAUGAACAGUAAUUUAAGGUUAUUUUAGGAUUAAGAAUUUUAAAGUGAUUUUAUAAUGAAUCAUUUAUGUAAUUUGAAAUGAAAUUUGUCAGCCCUUUUAUAAUAAUUGACCAGUUGUUACUACAGCUUGCUUUUCAGAUGGUCAGCUAACAUAUCCAAAGUUGUAAUAGUGUAAUAUUGUUUUGUGUACACUUGAAAUUGUAUUCACAGAUAUUUUUAAGGACGUCAUUGAAUGUUUAACCAGGUUACUGUAUAUAUGUUUAAUAUGUUUCUGAUUUCUGCUGGAACCAGGUUGCUUGCGGUGAUUUGGUUACUUAAGUGCAUGAAAAUGGUUAAUUCAAUUCAGCAUGUAGAGUGUCUGCAGCAUCAUUAUUCCCUAAAAAAACACAUUUUAGUUCUGGACACUUGUUUAUUUUCAAUGUUUUUGUUCUUUUUUUUUUUUCUUUUUUUUCCUUUUUUUUACUGUGAGCUGUGGAAACCUGAUAGAUUCACAUUGGUUUCUGCCUAAAUUUCACAACUUUACUUCAGCUUUGGGAUCAUCGUACUUCGUCAGAUUCCUUUUUCUUACAGUGUAGUGAUGGAAGCGGGACGUCUGUAUUUUUUAGCUGAUCUCUUCAAACUAAUUUCAAGAUUGUGACAAACUGACUGUCGAUCGACAAUACCACAAUGGUGCAAACUACCUGCAAACUUCUUCCUCUUAACUGAAACAACACGAGGCUCUGUGCAGUUUGCUGACCUCUGGUGGCAGCAGAAGGUAACUGUUCAAAGUUUUUUAAGCUUACAGGAUCUUUUAUGCUGAAAACUCUUUCUGUAAAUAUAAAUAUGAGACUGGACAGGAAUAUGGUGGAAGGACUUCCCCUGCCACCUCCUGACAGGUCACUUGAGCUUAAAUUCAUUACCUCAUUUUCUUCUAAGAGUCAUUUUAUCCUUAUUUAAGAUAUGUAGCUGUUCAGAUGUAGGUAUGGAUCUUCUUUGGAGUACAGAUUGAUAAUGUUGAUGAUCGUUUCUCUCUACAUGAUGAGCUCAAGCGUUUGCAUUCAAGGCCUUUGCUUUUUGCAAGUAGAAGUUUUGCUGAUGACGAUGCUGUACAUUCACUUUACUAUAAUUAUUUUCCAACCUCACAAAUGUAUAGGAAUUUAUUUGUUGUAAAAAGCAAAUUAAUUAUCUGUUGUUGUUGUGUUUUUUUUUUUUUUUUUUUUUUUUUUUGAUAAU